AUGCAGAAUGGAUAUAGCGUUUCUAUUCAACAUUAUACAGCAAAAACGACGGCCAUGAAAACGUUAAAGAUUUGGAGACCAAUAUUCCAACGUUGGUUGGGUAAGAAGGGUCCUGUCGAUCCUCGAUACGUUUUUUCAAGGCCACCUAAUAAUAAGGGACAAGAUGGUACCCAUUUCUUUACAAAUCCCCAAGAUGAUAAUGGUGGCGAUAACAGUGGUGCAGAAGGUAUAGGAGAAGCAAUAGCUAAACAGAGAAGACAGAAACGUACUAGAUUUGCAUACAACUUAUUUUGGGUCAGCAUAGCGGGGGUAUUGGGAUAUUCAAUUGGAUACAAAGUCAUUUAUAAGAAAGAACAGAGUUUCCUACCACUGAUGCCAGCUUCAAGAGUGCACAAGUUAAAUGAUCGUGAUGCAAGGCGUAUAGGGAUUGAUAAAAUAAGAGUUCUAUCACGUUUGAAGGUUUUGGAACAACUGUCACAGCAUGAAAUGAUUAAGGAACAGUAUGGAGUACCAUUGCUAAAUGUAAAUACUCAUGAGACUCCCAACGUUGAUGAAUUAACCGUGUGGUGUGAAGACUCUGAUCCGUGUGUUACAGGAUUAGUAUUAGAGCCCGAUGACGGCAGACCUACCAUACAUAAUUGGUAUCGAUUACCAUACGUUUUCAAAUGGAGACUGACCCAUAGGCCUAUUAAUAUCCAUAAAACUAUAAACGAUAUUUCACAAAACUUGGGGCUAACGCUAUCAGACGUUUUCCAAAUAAUUACACCAGAGAAAGUUUAUGGUUCAUUCAAAUACGAAUAUCCAUUAACUAGCGACGAUCAUUACACAAAAAUUUGGUUCCUGGGGGAAAUGAAACUAGGCGACGAUUCACUAAUAAUAUACAAGGGUAAAUUCCAUCGUGAUGUUACUUUAGAACAAAUCCAUCUAUUAAGAAGAGAGAAUGGUAAACUAAUCCGCUAUAUUUUAUAUAAAAAUGAAUAA